AUGAGCAGCCAGGAACAGCAACAGGCACAAGUGACUGCAGCGCAAGUGAUGCAGGAGCUUGUGAAUCUGAGAAACGAACUCACAAGGCAACGCGAAGAGAAUGAUCGGCUAAGGGCCGAGCAAAGCACAGCACUUGAGCGAGUGCGGCAAGAGAGUGCAGCUCAAGUUGCGGAAGUGCGAGCACAAGCGCAUACGGCAGUGCAGCAGGCGACGGCUCAGAUGGGCACGAUGCCACAGUUGGUGAGCGACAUGGUCAAGUCGAACAAGGAACUGGUUGAGGCCAUGGCAAAGAAAGGAGGACCAAACGAGAAGCUCUGUUUGGUCGACACAAAGGGCCUGGGAAAGCCGACGACCUUCUCAGGUGAGAGUGAACAGUUCCUACCAUGGAGGCAUCGAAUGUCGAGCUACGUUUGUUCGAUCCACCAUGAUCUGCAAGAAGUUCUAGAGUGGCUCGAAGAGAGGGAGAAGCCAUUCUCCUCGGAGGAGUUGGACACAGCCUUUGGAGAAAAGGCGUUGGAGGCGGAUCGAGUUCCCAGACUGCAAGAAAAGUCGAGGGAGCUCGCGAACGCGCUCCAAAUGGUUACCUCGAAGGAACCAUUUACGAUCGUGUGCAAUUGCCAGAACAACGGGUUCGAGGCAUGGAGACGCCUUACGAGGCGAUACGAUCCUGCGACUGCAAGCAGGAAGCGCACGAUGUUGAGAGCGAUUAUAUCGCCCCAGAAGCAGAAGCUGGAGAAUCUCCCUCAGGCCAUCGAAGAAUGGGCCGACGCUGUGCGCACUUACGAGAAGCGCAAGGACAGCACAGGGCGACGAACGACCCUGGCUGAUGAGAUAAAGAUGGCAGCACUGGAGGCAAUGUUGCCACAGGAGCUGGAGUCUCACAUCCAGUUGAACCAGAGCCGGUUCUCCACGUACGACGACGUGCUCGACGAGGUGACUCGCUUCAUCGAGUACAAGACAGGAAAGAGUCUGAAGGUGAUUUCUGCAGCCGCAGCCAGUGCGGCGAGCAAGGAUGAUCCUAUGGACCUGUCGUAUGUGGAGAGAGGCAAAGGAAAAGGAGCAAGCAAGGUCGUGUGCCACAACUGCGGCAGGAGCGGACACUAUGCCCGCGACUGCUGGAGCAAUGGAGGCAAAGGUUCGCAGCAGCAACAGGGCUCACCCAAAGGUCCAGGGCAACAAGGAGGAAAACCAAGCAGCAAAGGAGGAAGAGGGAGCCCCAAAGGAGGAAAGGACAAAGGAAAAGGUAAGAAAGGAAAAGGCAAAAAGGGAAAAGGCAAGAAAGGUGGCAAGAACAAGAAACACGUAGGAAACAUAGAAGAAGGAGGAGAGAACACAGGAGAAGGAAACCAGGACGAGAACUGGCAGGAAGGAGAAGAGGAUGAAGGCUGGGAAGACGGAGACUGGGGAGAAACCUGGGAGGACGGUUGGGAGGAAGCAGAAACAAACAACCUCUACGUGGGAGCGUUAGAAAGAGAGAGCCCGAAGAGAGAGAAAGAGAAGAAGAAGAAAGAGUCGAAGCCAGACCCCGGCAGUCGUGGCUCAAGUAGGGAAGAGGGCUCCGGCCCGACCGUGCUUGGGGCCAUGGCGCCAAAGAACCCGAAAAGGAAGGUUCCUCCAAAGGAGGAAAAAGACGAGGAUGAAAAGGAGCUGGAAGCUCUGGAAGAGCAAAUGGACAGAGCAAGGGGUCAGUUCCAAGACCUGAAGGAAAAGGUGGAACUUGCGAGGAGACGUCGCCAGGAAAGACUUCUUCAGGAAGCGGAAGAGCUGGCAGAAGCCAGGAGACGUUCCCGCGGCGAGGUGCCAGGGCAGUCCAGCUUCGGAGCGUUUUCGUCUUCGUCGCGAGGACCUCCGGAGAGAGUGCGCGAGCCAAAGGCCGGAAAGAAAGAGGAGAAGAAGGAGGUGAGGUCUAAGGCUUUGGACACGGCACCCUGGAAGCGCGUUUCGCGCUACCGGGAGCCACCAGUGCCUGAGCCCAAGACCCCUCCAAAGGCGAAGCAAGAAAGGCCGAGAACACCGCCGAAGUCACCACCGCCUUCCAGGACCAAAAGUCCGCUUCUCAAGCCGAAGGUAGAGCCAAAGAGAACAGAGCCAAAGUCACCACCUUCGAAGCCAAAGGUAGAGCCGAAGAGAACAGAACCAAAGUCACCACCUUCGAAGCCUCCACCUAGAAGUGAAGAAGUGCAGCCAAGAAGCGAAGAGGUGGAGAGACAACUUGCUACCACAGCGCCGAAGUGGGGAGCCUCAAGGAGCCAAAGACCUGUGGCAAAGGCAAAGCCAAAGCUUCUAAGGAGUCCGGCGUCUUGGGCAGGAAUGCGCUUCAGGGAACGUGUGGCCCACCAAGAUGCCAUACGAGACAAGAAGCCCAGAGGCACCGUCGGGGAGUCCUUACUGAAGAAGCAAGGCGAGGCCUGCUCCACCUGCGUGUCGAGGCGACUGAAGUUCAGGAGCAAAGCGUCCCUUCUGCUGAAGAAGAGGAUGAAAGAGUACAAGGCAGCAGCUGCAAAAGCAGCGGGCUCCCACUACGCCAGGAAAGUUUUCGAAAGAGAAAAGCUUGUGAGGGCCGACAGGCCCAGCAAGGCUGAACUGAGGAGCGCAAAGGUAGCCGAGAAGGUGAAGCAAAGGGAGGAAGAAGCCGCUGGUGAAGAAGAAGAAGACAAGUUUUCCUUGGAGCCGGAGAGCUCCGAGGACGAAAGCGACUUCGAGGAUGACCCUCCAAGCGAGGGGCCCGAGGAACCCAAGAAGGAAGAAAAGAGCAAGCCACCAAAGCAGGAAGAACGAACCGAAGGAGCAACCGCGAUCACGGCAAGCACCUCGAGCAGCAUGCAGAGGAUGCUAGCGUCGGGUCUUAUGGAGACCAACCGUGCGAACCUCGCGGUCUUGGACCAGAGGAUCGCGACAAAGAGAGAGAAGCUCGAGGGACGCGGCAGUGACCCAGAGCUGGAAGCCGAGAUCGCGAGCCUGGAAGACGAGCGGAAGCGCCUGAAAGAGGAGCGUGAGCGCCUCAGGGCGCAGCAAGCGGGCGUGAAGAAAAAGGAACCCGAACACCGCAGAGACCAGUCGGUGCACGACGUGCGCUACAAACGCCAAGUGGAAAAGGGAGACAGCCACUGGAAGGCUUGGCGUGCGGAAAAGGGACGAAGGAGAGAAAAAGAGCACAGACGCAGCGGUGUGGGCGAAAGAGCAAAGGAGAGGAUCGAGGCCGACAAGAAGUGGCACGCCCGGCACGACGUGAAAGUGAAAAAGGGCGACUUCCGCGACAACCAGAAGGAAGAGGUCGACGGCAUCGACACGGAGGUUAUCCACAGCGAUGGGACGGAGGCCAAGCCCGAGCGGCGAAAGGACUACCGCCCCCUCACGAAAGCCGAAAGGACGAGCCACCGCGUGGAUGCCGACGACGAGGAGGAGCUCUACCGGAAGGAGCUCGAAAAGCAGGGAAGGCCGAAGGCGACCGGGCGCUACUCGGCGGACCCGUCGAUUGCGGCCGAGCAGAAGAAGAAGAGGAACCAAAAGAGAAACCAAAGGCGCAACAAGCUGAAGAGGAAGCUUGGGUCGACCUGGGAUCCAGAGCACAAAGGAAGGAAGAAGGUCAAGAAAAGCGAAGACGACGACGAAGAGACUGUGCACUGUGAAGACUACGACGACCGCCGCGACCCAAGAGGAGAAGACCCGGAGGACCCGGGCGAAGGAGGCGUGCGCCAAUCGGUGCACAGCUUCGAGACCGUGGAUGCUGCCAGCCUGGGCGCUUCGCCAGGCGUGGCUAGCGUCGAGGUCAACUUUGACACGGGAGCGGCCGUGACCGUUCUGCCUGAGAAGUACGUGACGCAGCCAAAGGACAACGGCGUCCGCUACAAGACGGCGUCAGGUGAGGCGCUGAAAGACCAAGGAAAAGCCGAGGUCACCGGCACUUUGUCGGGAGGCCGUGGGGCUACGAUCACCGGCCGAGGCGCCGGGGUCCACCGCAUACUCCUGUCAGGAGCACAGGCCAACAAGCGUCGAAAGGAUGUAUGGACCGUCCCAUGCAGCAAAGGAUGUAUAGAUCAUUGUCGGUUUGCAAGCAGGAGCCCCAUUGUAGGCAUGCGUGGCUGUUAA